AUGACCCUGGCAGCUUCCUCUCAGCGCUCCCAAAUCAUUCGCUCCAAAUUCCGUUCUGUCCUCCAGCUGCGGAUCCACAGACGCUAUCACGACCCGAUCUCAGAUUCGGGGAUCUCCGCUUCCAGCCUGGCCGCUCUGGCCCCUGUCUCUCCAUCGCACCUUGCCCCUUUCCUCUUCAGCCCUGGAGUCCUGCUCCCUGAACCCAAAUACUGCCCGUGGACGUCUCCGAAGAAGGAGUCUCCUAAGACCACGCAAAGCUGGAGGGAGCCCAAGCCCAAGGGAAACCUGACCUACCACCAAUACAAGCCCCCAGAACCAAGAAAAGGGGCCAGGGGAGAUCCCCAGGCUGAGGGGCCAGCACUGGGACCCCAGAAGACAUCCCUGGGGGAAGGGACCAAUUCACAGCCACCACCUCCUAGGAUGAAGCCCACUCCCCCGACUCCCUCCCCACCAGGAGCCCCCAGCCCCUCGCCCCCACCACACAAGUUGGAACUUCAGACCCUGAAACUGGAAGAGCUGACGGUCUCCGAGCUCCGCCAACAGCUGCGCCUGCGGGGCCUCCCCGUGUCGGGGACCAAGUCGAUGCUCCUGGAGCGCAUGCGCGGCGGCGCUCCACCCCGCGAGCGGUCGAAGUCACGGCGCGAGGACAGUCCAGCGGGGGCUCCCUGGCCGCGUCUCCGGCCGAAGGCUCUAGGAGCCGCCCGACGUCAGGGCCCGUUCAAGUCCAGUCCAGCAUCUGGCCGGCCGCCUCUCCCACGAGCCCCGGACACCGUAGUGGUGGCGCCUCCGGCUCCUGCUCCAGCCCUGACUCCCUGCUCAACACCGAAGUCAGCCCCGCUGACUCUGGAGGAGGAACUACAGGAAGCGAUCCGGAGGGCACAGCUGCUUCCAAACCGGAGCAUCGAUGACAUCCUGGAGGAUUCGGUGGAGCCCGAGGACCCACUGCCCCCCAUCCCUCUGGACUUCCCUGGUUCCUUCGACGUGCUGUCCCCCUCUCCGGACUCUGAAGGCCUCUCAUCUGUCUUCUCUUCCUCACUCCCUUCGCCCACGAACUCGCCGGCCCCAGCUCCCAGGGGCCCCAUGGACUCAUUGGACUGGCUGGAGGCCCUGAGCGGGGGUCCCCCGUUGGGCUGUGGGCCCCCAGCCCCCAGCAUCUUUUCUGCAGACUUUUCGGACUCCAGCGGCGCCCGGCUGUGGGAUCUACUGGAGGAUCCAUGGUGA